AUGUGACCGAUGUACAACGUUUAAAAUCAAAACAUCAAAAGAAUACCGAAAACAAGGGUGAAAAUAGGCAUGUUUCUUUUAUAAGACGGUUACAAGCAUUUACAAAUUAUUUGGGUGCAGAUGAAGAUAAAGAUGACGAAGAAAUUUCGGUGCAGGAUGAUAUAUAUAUUAUCCAUUCACGAGAUAGUUCACCUACUAUUAAUGAUAAUGACGAAACUGUACAAAAAAAGAUUAAUGAAAUUGAGACUAGUAAGGAACACUAUGAAACAAUAGACGACGGCACUGAUAAUGAAGAUAAUUUCAUCCCUUCCAACAAAGUCGUGAAUGAACAAAUUAAAUCACAAAAAUUUGCAGAUGAACAGUUGGAUGAGGAAAUCAGAAGUUUAUUGCAACUUGUUGGCGAGGCAAUAUUUAGACAAUUUCAAAGGCAGGACUCUACAUUAUUUCAAGCCUCAGAAAAUGCUAUAAUUCAUAGUGAGACAAAAUUAACUCAAAGUUUGGAAAAACAGUUUGAACGCAAGCGUGAAGUAUUGAAUACAUACAGGAGCAAUUAUACAUUAAUUGCAUCGGAAUCUCAACAAAUGAUGAACAAAUUGAAAGAAGGAAGAAAUGAUCUAGAAACUUUGGAACAGACCUUGAUUGAUAUGGAAAAAAUGGAUUAUGUAAAUAAAGAAAUGCAAUAUAUACAAAAUCAUGAACUUUUAAACAAUUUACACAAUGAACGUUUAACAUCUUUUUAUUUUUUUCGAAGUGAUCUUUGGGAUAGUUCCGAAAAUGAUCUUUGGGAUGGUUUUGAAGAUGAUCUUUGGAAUGGUUCCAAAGAAGAUUUUUGA